GACGCGUACAGGCACGGCGUUGAUGGCGUGCGAAGGCUACCUAGCUAGCUUCCGAGAUCGCAACUACAGGGCGUGAAUGUCAAUAUCGAUAGUGUUUAGUAGAGGCAUGACUCCGAUCGCCAGCCUCUCUCUUGUUGGAUUUCAAGUCCUUUACGUCUCCUCUUUCAAUGAUUUGUUCUUGGGUUUUUGUCUCUGUUCCUAGACAGUAUGCGAUAGAUGUUUAGUAUUUCUGUCUUCGUUCAAUCCCGUCAUUCUUGUCCGUAUCAAGAGCUACUCCAUCCUCUUCUCAAUUCCUUACGCCAUCCUUCUACUUCCUCCUCUCAAGAACUCGCACUAGCAUAUCAACCCUCCCCAAACCCUACCCACUAUCUCUCUCCCCUUCAAGACCUCCAAAAUGCCCUACUCCCUCGCAACCUUGGCCAUCCAUGCCGACGACCGCACCAACAUCCUCACCGACGUCGCGCCUGCAAUCCACACCUCUACUACCUUCCGCUACCCCCGCAACCCCUCCGCCCUCCAGCCCGUCCCGUCCUCCGGUGUCGAGGAAGUCGGUCUCCAAACCCCGCUUGUCUACUCCCGCCUUGCAUCCUCCAACAUAAACCGCCUCGAAACGAUCCUCACGCCACUCCUAUACCCGGGUACACCAGAUGAAGAAUUAGAGCGCUUGAGUAACCAAGUAGUUAGCUAUAGCAGUGGUCUUAGUGCAUUCCACGCCCUACUCGUUAGUGUUGUACCUAAAGUCGUCGCGAUUGGCGAUGGCUACCACGGCUGUCACGGCAUCAUUGAUCUGCACAAGAAAAUGCACAAUCUACGUACCGUGGACAUCCACGCCGAUGAGGCUGCCUGGGAUGCUGCAGGCCUUGGGGACGGCGACAUCGUGCAUCUGGAAACGCCACUCAAUCCUACAGGGGAGGCAUACGAGAUCCAGAAAUUCGCGGAGCGUGCGCAUAAGAGGGGCGCCAUAUUGUGUGUGGAUGCAACGUUUGCGCCACCGGGGUUGCAAGAUCCGUUUCAGUGGGGCGCAGAUGUGGUCAUGCAUUCUGGGACGAAAUAUAUCGGCGGUCAUAGCGAUUUACUGUGUGGUAUCCUAGCUACUGCUACUGACCCUGCUGGUCGAGAACGCGCAAGAGUUCUGCGGCUCGAACGGGUUUUUCUGGGGAGUGUGUUGGGGAGUUUAGAAGGUUGGCUUGGGGUGAGGAGUUUAAGGACGCUGGAACUGCGCGUCCGGCGACAGUCAGACAAUGCCACGAAUUUGGUGCAUUGGUUGCAUGGUCUGCUCACUGGCCAAGGAGACAGCGACAAGUCUUCCGUCGAAAUUGUACAGAGGACGAUUAAGAAGAUUACACAUGCUUCGCUGCAGCCACCAAAAGAUCAGCUCUGGCUAAAGAAACAGAUGCCAAACGGCUAUGGCCCCGUCUUCUCCAUCUACACACAAACCCCUGCACAAGCCCGUUCUCUCCCCUCAGCCCUCAAGCUCUUCCACCAUGCAACCAGCCUAGGUGGUGUAGAGAGCUUGAUUGAGUGGCGGAGGAUGAGUGAUAGUGGCGUUGACGAACGGUUGUUGCGGGUUAGUAUCGGGGUGGAAAAUUGGGAGGAUCUGAGGGAUGAUUUGCUGGAGGGGCUUGGGCGGGUGGCUGCGGGAGAAGCAGUGGAGGUGGCGGAAAAGGAGAAUGGAGUACAAGUUGGGGGUGGAGGUGUGGAUGUCUCCGCGGGUCAAGAGGGCGCCGUGGGGGUUAGGGAUGCGGAUGGGGCUGUUUGAGGCAUUGGGGUGUUCUGUAAAUGUAUGCGAAGAGGAGGGACAUGAAUACGGAAGAGGUAAUUGGUGGGUAUUUAAUGGAGGGUCUACAUCUUGACGCUGCAAAGCUAAGACCCCUUGUUUGCUGGGCUGAUUUGAAUGCAACCGCAUACUCACCAUCAUAGUAGGCAUGGUGUUUAAUUGAACGUAACUGUUACUGUCAGUAGUGCUUUAAGGCGUUGCUGGCAGCAAUAGAGUUGCGAUCUUACAUAGAGAGUGAAUUAAAACAGCCUUACAUGCAGUAACAGUUACUGCU